AUGGUGCAAUACCAGAGAUUAAUCAAAAAAGGGGAAAAGCUUAGAGUUACUGUUGAAGAAGAUGGUUCCGGAGCCACUGCCCUUCUCCUCUCUCUCUUUUCUAGGUACAAAUCACCUGUUUGGGUUAAUUAUUUUUCAAAACUUUUCUAUGCUUUUUCUCGAAUUCUGGUCGUGAGUUUUGGCGUGUACCACGAAUUCAACGACGGAAUCAUCCCUUUGUUCAUCACUUCACAGCAUUUCAACAAGAAGGUUGUGUUUGUGAUCGUUGAGUAUCAUAGUUGGUGGGUUAUGAAAUACGGAGAUAUUGUUUCUCAGCUAUCUGAUUAUCCUCCGGUGGACUUCAAUGGCGACAAUAGAACUCACUGUUUUAAGGAAUCUAUAGUGGGAUUAAUGAUUCAUGACGAGUUAACUGUUGAUCCAUCGUUGAUGUUUGGUAACAAAACGAUUCUCGACUUCAGAAAUGUGCUGGAUCGAGCGUAUUGGCCGCGUAUCCGUGGAUUGAUUCAAGACGAGGCAGCGAACAAGACCGGUAAAAGGUUUCAAGAACUCGGUUUGAAAAAACCGAAAUUGGUGAUUCUAUCAAGAAACGGAUCAAGAGAGGUACUCAACGAGAAUCUUUUGGUGGGAUUAGCUGAGGAAAUUGGUUUCUUUGUCGAGGUUUUGAGACCGGACAAAACAACCGAGCUGGCCAAAAUAUACCGAUGUUUGAACUCUAGCGACGUGAUGAUCGGUGUUCAUGGAGCUGCGAUGACACAUUUGCUUUUCUUGAAACCGAGAACGGUUUUUAUACAGAUUAUACCGAUAGGAACCGAGUGGGCAGCUGAGACUUACUAUGGAGAACCAGCCAAGAAGCUGAGGCUGAAGUACAUUGGGUACAAGAUUAAACCGGACGAGAGCUCUUUGUAUGAUGAGUAUGGCAAAGAUGAUCCGAUAAUACGAGAUCCAAAGAGUUUUACUCGAAAAGGAUGGGAUUACACCAAGAAGAUGUAUCUCGAGCGCCAGAACGUGAAGCUCGACUUGAAAAGAUUCAGGAAACCGUUGUCUUGUGCCUACGAUUUCUCUACCAAGCGAAUUGGACCGGUGUAUAGAAGUUACUAACCGGAUCUAACCAUUUAACCGGGUUUGAGCUUGUAUAAAUUCAUUUUACUUAGCGUAAACAAGAAUAUAAAAAUGUUAGCUUGUAUAAAAUCAUUUUCGAAGA